AUGCAGUGCCAAAGACUUAAUCGUGAACUCAAAGACUAUUUCAGCAGAAGCUACGGCCUAAACAGGCGAUCCUUGCUAAACGAUUCAAGAUACUUCCAUGUCAUUGGUGGUCUUCCUCAAGAUGCAAUGCAUGAUAUCCUUGAAGGAGUGCUCCAGUACUGUGUAAAGGAAGUGUUGAAGGUCUACAUUAUGGAAAAGAAAUUCCUCACACUGCAAGAAUUGAAUAAGAGAAUUGUUUCAUUCGAAAAUGGAUACCAUAAUGCAUCAAAUAAGCCUGCUAAGAUAUUGAGACAGAAACUGUUUUCAGAUGAUCAUAAUCUAAAACAGCAUGCAAAUGAGAUGUGGUGUCUAUCCCUAUAUCUUCCUUUCUUAAUUGGUGAAUGUGUUCCUGAUAAGGAUGAGCAUUGGGACCUGUUCUGUCUACUACAAAUUAUUCGAAUUGUAUUUUCACCAACAAUAAGCAAGGAACAAAUCCCUUACCUUCAGGUCUUGAUACAGCAACACCACGAAAAAUUCAAGGAACUGUUUCCAGACUGCCCAAUCAUACCCAAAAUGCAUUAUAUGGUACAUAUGCCAAGGACCAUUCUUCGGUAAUAAUACAG